AUGCUAAAAAUCCAGCUAGUUAGCAGUCUGAUGUGUCUACUGUGGAUUAAAAACUUCUCCAGGAUUCUGAACCAUGCACUUCCUACAGGCCUGGAGCUAGAGGACGGCUCAGGUUUAGACUCCGAAAGCGAUGAAGCUGUGAAGAAAAAGGAGACUGAUACCAAUCUUGCUGAGACAGACACCGUGCUCAAGAUAAACACGACCUCUCUGAGUCUCCAAGUGCCUGAAUGUGCAAAAGUCGAAGGUCAACCUCAGACAGAAGACGUAGUUCCUCCACAGAUAUCAGGGUCAACUGUAAUUUCUGAGAAAAUACCAGAUUGGGGAUCAGUUUCAGCAGCUCGGUGCAGCGGCGCCGUGAUUCAGCAAAGUGGGACAGCAAAGAACAUCUCAUCAUCUGCUACCAUGGGAACCAAUGAUGACACAUCUCCAGCUAAUAAAGGUGUGUUACCAGGGGCCAUGGGGCCAAGUACAGACAAGAUGGAUGACAAAUUAUCUCACCAGCCAGACAUGAUGUCAUCAAAAGGGGAGAUCAUAGACGAAGAGAGGAAAAUAAACGAGAGCUUAACCUUACUAGAGCUGGAAAAUUGUGGUCUGAUUCCUGAAGUCUGUCCAGAAAGAAUCAGAGGAGAACUAGACACACAAACGAUGAGAUAUCAGCGUCUCACUGGUCCACCUGGAAACACAGGAUUACAGGGAUAUCAGGGUCCACCUGGACUUCCUGGAGUUCCAGGUCCAAAAGGAGAAAAGGGCACUGCGGGAACAAUGGGACGUGCAGGACGCACUGGUUACAGUGGGCCGACUGGUCCGCGCGGGAUUCCAGCCAUCGUCUUGUGGAUGACAUCAGAGGAAGAAUGGCAAGCGUUUAAGAAGAGUAAACUCUACAAAAAGCUGAUGAUGUCAUGGCCGAGACAGAAAGGACGUCCAGGACCACUGGGGAGACCCGGAGAUCCAGGUCCACCUGGUCAUCUUGGAGUCCCAGGGAAACAGGGCAAGAAAGGAGUCACAGGGCCGAUUGGCAGAGCAGGGCCACCUGGGAUACCUGGACCUCCUGGAAGACCAGGCCAAGAUGGCACACCAGGAAAAGAUGGAGAAACUGGCCAACUGGGACCACGAGGGAAAAAUGGUCCACAGGGCUACAGAGGAGACCGGGGCAGUAAAGGGGAGCUGGGUGAGUGGGGUUACACUGGAGAACCAGGAGCUCAGGGUGAGAGAGGCAGGAACGGGGAGAAGGGAAAUAAAGGGGACGUUGGUCUGAUCGGAAUAAACGGCUAUGUUGGGCCUCCUGGAGCACGAGGACAGCGGGGGAUUAUGGGAGCAUCUGGUCCUCCUGGAGAACCUGGAUGGCCCGGGUUUACAGGAGCUCCAGGUCCAACAGGUCGUAUGGGGCAGAGAGGUGAAAAAGGACUGAGUGGAGUUAAAGGUCCUCCUGGUCAGCCUGGUGACGUCGGAGCACGAGGAGAAGUUGGGAAACCAGGAGAUCCAGGUCCUGAAGGCAUGAUGGGAUUUCAUGGAGAUGCUGGACCUCAGGGUAAACCAGGGCGAGAUGGUCCUCCAGGACCUAAAGGAGAUCCUGGACAGACUGGAACUGAAGGAUCCAUUGGAGACCCAGGACCACCAGGACCACCAGGUGUUGCUGGAAAAAAUGGAAAACUAGGACCCUCAGGUGAUCCAGGUGUGAAAGCUGAGAGAGGAGAUAAAGGAGAUCCUGGUGAAAUAGGAGAACAAGGUUUUCCAGGUACUCCUGGUUUUCCUGGGUUCCGUGGUCGAGCAGGUCGUUCAGGUGUACAGGGAGAUCCCGGGCCGACUGGAUCCGCCGGAUCACCGGGACCACAAGGUUUGGAAGGAAGUGCUGGAGAUCAGGGUAAGCAAGGCAAAGACGGCCCAAAGGGAGAACGAGGUCCUGAUGGUGUAACUGGAGUUCCAGGACCGAGAGGUGAUAAGGGUCGGUUGGGACGCGGUGGAUUCACCGGCCUGCCAGGAUCGUUGGGGCAAAUUGGAAAAUCAGGACAGCGAGGACCUGAAGGAGAGCCUGGUAUCAAGGGUAGAACAGGGUUUCCAGGAGGACCUGGUGUUAAAGGCCUGAAGGGACUGCAGGGUUUCCCAGGGAUUCGAGGGCAGGAUGGAUUUCACGGUUCUCUAGGUCACACAGGAGCACUAGGAGCAAACGGAGACACGGGUUCUUCAGGACACAGGGGUUUCCGGGGAAAGCCUGGAGCUUCUGGUCUACAAGGUCCUGUUGGAAAAAUUGGAGAUUCAGGAAGUAGAGGGAUCGUUGGCAUACCUGGGACACCUGGAGCGUCGGGACUCAAAGGCUCUGAGGGACCAAAGGGACGUCCUGGCAGUCCUGGGCAGAAGGGAGAUAAAGGACACGAGGGUCCUAAAGGAAAACGAGGACGUCCCGGAGCUCGAGGUCUGCAGGGAGUGAAGGGUUACAGAGGAACUCCUGGUGUACAGGGGAAUAUGGGUGUGUGGGGUACAAUGGGCCCCCAGGGGCCACCAGGAGAUCAAGGGCCUCAGGGUCCACCUGGUCCUAUAGGGGUGCCUGGAUAUCUGGGUAAAGAUGGACCAGCGGGAGCUUUUGGACCUCAAGGGUAUAAAGGAGAUAAGGGGGUUAAAGGAGCGGAGGGAGCGGAGGGAGUGUCUGGGGUCAACGGUGAGGAGGGUGCAGUCGGAUUCAUGGGAGCAGUCGGACCUCUGGGACCGAAAGGACCAGCAGGUGAAAAAGGAAGUCCUGGAUUCUCUGGAGCUUCUGGAUCAAAAGGUGUCAGAGGAGACAGAGGGAAUCUUGGACGAGCAGGGAUCAAAGGCACAACUGGACAGGAAGGACAGAGUGGCUUUCAAGGGCAAGCAGGAGAACAGGGACCUCCUGGAGAAAAGGGUCAGUCUGGUUCCAGAGGACGUCCUGGUUUGGCAGGUAAAUACGGACCUGGUGGAGAAACCGGACCCGAUGGUACAAAGGGUGAUAAAGGUGAACUUGGACUUAUUGGCGAAAGCGGGAUUCUGGGGCCUCCAGGUCCUGCAGGUGCACCAGGAACAUUAGGUUCAGUAGGAACCAGAGGUGUUGUUGGAGGUAAUGGACGCCCAGGGCUGAAGGGGAAUUUUGGUGAGCGAGGGAGACCUGGAGCUCAGGGUGAACAAGGACCAGAAGGUGUUGAAGGGGGGGUGAGAGGAAAGAAAGGAGUGAUUGGAGAACGAGGAAAUGAUGGAGCCGUGGGACCUCUGGGUCCUAAAGGGCCUCCUGGAGAAAAAGGCACAAGAGGACCUGCUGGACCUCCAGGAAAUACAGGGGUCAAAGGUCAACCAGGACCGAAGGGGAAACUUGGACUUCUUGCAAACCGAGGAAGCAAAGGUGUGGCUGGAAAAACAGGAGUUCAAGGUCUGAAAGGAAAACGUGGCUCUCGUGGGAUUCCAGGAAAACCAGGUCUCCGUGGGACUGAUGGUUUACUGGGAGUUCAAGGCAAUGAAGGAGAUCCGGGUGACCGAGGACAUGCAGGAGCUCCAGGAAGACCAGGAGAGCCUGGCAGACCAGGUCCAGCAGGAGAGCCUGGGUUACAGCCUGGGAAGCGAGGACUCACUGGGAUCAAGGGUUCCUCUGGAGAAAGAGGAGAACCUGGUCCUUCAGGACCUGUUGGACCAAGAGGGAUUCCUGGACUUGGUGGUGAAAAAGGACACGUCGGUGUUCCAGGACAAAAGGGAAUUUCUGGAAUCUCUGGAAGCCCAGGAGCUGCAGGAACACCAGGACUGAAGGGAAUGCAGGGUGUAGCAGGACCUAAAGGCCCAGCAGGUGCACAGGGUGAAACGGGUCCUCCAGGUCCUCCAGGUCCUCCAGGUCCAUCUGGCCUUCCAGGUCUUUCUGGCACUUUGGGGAAGAAGGGACUGAAGGGUGUGCGAGGAUCCUCAGGGCCGAAAGGAAAGAAAGGGCAAAGAGGAGAACAGGGGAAAGCAGGACCUCCUGGAGCUCGAAGCACCUCAGAGACAAACAGAAGUGGAGCCCAAAAUAAAACCAAAAUAAAAUCUCAGAGAAGUCUGAGAUCUUACGAGAAGGUCAAUGCAGAAGAUCAGCCUCGAGGAACUAAAGAGCAUCCGGCAUCAGUGUGCAGAGAACUCGCACUCGAUCGUCCUCAGCUCCAUGACGGAUUUUAUUACAUCGAUCCGAAUGAUGGCUGCCCAUUUGAUGCUCUGCAGGUUUUCUGUAACUUUACAGCCGGUGGACUGACCUGUAUCUCACCUGUCCAAUCACAGUUUGUAGGACGUCAUCGUGUGAUAACAGGAAACACAUCACGGGGGUCUGGUGAAGUGCAGAGUGACGUCAGGCUGGAAUAUCAGCAGCUGGAUGUUGUUCAGCUGAGAUUUCUGCGUCUUCACAGUGUCUCUGCUACACAAACCAUCAGUGUGUCCUGUCUCACCGCUCGGAGCUUCACAUCACGAGAUGUUCACUUUGUGGGAGAUUCUGGAGGUCAAGUCAGUUUCUCCAGCACAGUGGAGUCGAGGAACAGCUGUGAGGUGCAGAUAAGAUUUUCAGGAAAAGGAGACGAGAUGAAUCUGCUUCCCAUCAGAGAUCUGCAUUUAUCUGCAGGGGCAAACCAGCAGGAGCUCAGCUUCAGAGCUGAAAUCGGACCUCUGUGCUUUUUAUAGCGCCACCCAAAGGCACUGAUGAGACACUGCACUUAAAACAAAAGAGUUUCAGGCUCAUAAGCU